CGCCCAGGACGGCUCAGGGUGGCGAAGGGUGAGAGACGCGCGCCCCGCUGCCCUUGCCGCUUACGGGUUUCCAAGAAGAAGUGGUCUGGCAACCCUGCGCCCCGAGAUUUGAAUCUAGUCAAGCUCAGAAAAGUCAAGAAAGAAUCCAGCUGGGUGUACGACCGCUUGGCUCUCUGUGGCAGUAUUCCAUCGAGUCCUACGCUGGUGACCUCACACAGUGCCCAGAAGCCCAUGUCCGCAGACAGCCAGCCUACCGGAAGUCAUGAGGAGUUCUGGGUGGAUGGCUGCUGGAAACCCGUGGUCUUAGCCAGCUCUUCUUCAGUACUUCAGGAUUUACCCUGGCGUUGAGUAAUGAGAAUUUCGAAACCAUAUUUGAGGAGUACUUCCAUCCAGUGCUACUUGUGUUUACUUCUAAACAGUCAUUUUUUAACCGAGGCUGGCAUUCACGUCUUUCUUUUGGGCUGUAUCAGUACAAGUCUUCCUAAAACAGAGGCCAGUUGGCAGGAUGUAAUACAUGACUUGAAAAGAAUUGAAAAUCUUAUUCAAUCCAUACACAUUGAUGCUACUUUAUAUACUGAGAGUGAUGUCCAUCCCAAUUGCAAAAUCACAGCAAUGAAAUGCUUUCUCCUGGAGUUGCGAGUUAUUUUACACGAGUGCAGAAAUGUGGACAUCCAUGAGACAGUAACCAACAUGAUCUUCCUGGCAAACAGCAGUUUAUCUUCUAAUGGGGAUGUAACAGAAUCUGGAUGCAAAGAAUGUGAGGAAUUGGAGGAAAAAAAUAUUGCAGAAUUUUUGCAGAGUUUUGUACAUAUUGUACAAAUGUUCAUCAACACUUCUUGAUUGCAAUUGAUCCUCAGCGUUUCUAUUAUUAACAAACAUCUUCCUAUUGCUUACACCCAACAAAACACUCUGCAUAUGAAAUGUGCUGCCAAAACAAGUUUUUCUAGCAAGAAGAUAAUCAGGAUAUUGGAUCAUAUGAACCCUUAGAAAUGAAGUCAGGAAAAAAAAAAUCUC